UAUAUAACAUAUGCCCCUCUCUUAUGUUCCUCUUACAGUCCAUUCUGUCUCCACCUCUGCAGUCUCUCAUUAAGUCAAAAUGAGUGAAGUUGAUGGAAGCCAUCGACCAGUUCCGCGCCUGAAUGAGAGGAUUCUUUCCUCCUUGUCAAGGAGAUCUGUUGCUGCUCAUCCUUGGCAUGAUCUUGAAAUUGGACCUGAAGCCCCCCAAAUUGUCAAUUGCGUCGUUGAGAUAACAAAGGGAAGCAAGGUCAAGUAUGAGCUUGACAAGAAGACUGGACUCAUUAAGGUUGACAGGAUUUUAUACUCAUCUGUAGUCUAUCCUCAUAACUAUGGCUUCAUUCCCCGAACGUUAUGUGAAGACAAUGAUCCGAUUGACGUAUUAGUUCUCAUGCAGGAACCAGUCGUUCCCGGUUGCUUUCUACGUGCAAGAGCCAUUGGACUGAUGCCCAUGAUUGACCAGGGAGAAAAAGAUGAUAAAAUAAUCGCAGUCUGUGCUGAUGAUCCAGAAUAUAAGCACUAUACUGACAUCAAACAGCUCCCACCUCACCGCCUUUCAGAAAUACGCCGCUUUUUUGAAGAUUACAAGAAGAACGAGAACAAGGAGGUUGCUGUGAAUGAUUUUCUACCAUCGUCUACCGCAACUGAAGCCAUUCAGUAUUCCAUGGAUCUUUAUGCAGAAUACAUAUUGCACACCUUGAGGAGAUAGACAAGUGUUGCUGGUGGCCCAUUCAAUCUUUGAAGAUGUUGAGGUGUUACAUCAUAUUUUUUUUUGGUUGGGGUAUGAAUAAGUUGUAAUUGUCUGGUUGGUUGGACAUUUUGGUCCAGUCCAGGAGGGAGAAUAAGUAUUGUAUUAUGAUGGAUUGUCUAAGAUGGUAAUAAUGUAUUCUUGGAACAGAGGAACAUGCUACAUCUUAG